AUGGCUACAUUACCAAUUGCAGUAUUCCCCUUAUCAAUUCGCCUUAUAAUUCUUCAAAUACUAACCCUAAUUGCAGUUCCCAUUUCCUCAAUCACUCUGCAAACCCUAUCUAAUAAUUCCCAUUUCGAUCGCGGAACUGCCCUUCUUGGUGAUGCCCAGGUCAUCAAAGACAAAUCCCACGUGCAGCUCGUGAAUCCAAGAGCUUCAAGUUCUGGUCUUUUGAUCCGCACCGAGCCAUUCAAGUUUCUUGAUCCAAAGGGCUCUAAACAGACGUCGUUUUCCACGGAAUUCUCGUUUUCAAUAUCUCACGGUAAUGGUGAUGGCGUUGCUUUUGUUGUUUUUCCCUAUAAUCCUGAAUAUAAAUUUGUGGGUCAAGGCCCAUUUGGGGUUUUAAGUGAAAAAAAGUAUUUUGCUAUUGAAUAUGACACUAAAAUGGAUGAGAAUGUGGGUGAUUUGAAUGCAAAUCAUGUGGGUGUUGAUGUUAAUAGUCUUGUUUCAGAGGCUGUUAGUAAUGUUUCAUCGUUUAAUUUAGUGUUAAACAACGGGGAAAAGCUUAAAUCUUGGAUUGAUUAUGAUUCGAUCUCAAAAAGAAUUGAAGUCAGGUUGAGCAAAUUUGGUGAGAGAAGGCCAUAUGAUCCCAUUGUUGCGCAUGAGAUUGAUUUGGUCAAAAUGUGGGGAAAUCAAGAUGUUUUUGUUGGUAUAGUCGGAAGCAAUGGCGAUUCAGAACAAACUAGUAGUGUGUACUCCUGGAACCUUAGGUUGAGAAACUUUCCACAUUGGUUGCAUUCAUUGCCAGCGGAUCCACGGGCUCAUGAGCGUGGUGAUAGGUUUAGAUAUCAUAAGAGGGGUGUUUGUCCUCUUAAAUUUCUUGCUGGCUUGAUCUUUGCAACUGGUUGUGGAGCUUUGUUGGCGUUUGCGGUGCUAUUUGCCUGGGCAAUUGUGAAUAGACAGACAGAAAUACCUACUGAGUAUCAUGUGCAUCCAGUGAAUUUCAAGUAUGAGAAGAUUGAAGUAAUUGUAGAGGAAGAUGGUAAGGGUGUUAAGAAUUAG